AUGGGAAGGCUUUAUAAUAAGCUGUGUAAAGUAGUUGGAGAGGACAUCCAAGAAUCAGUUCAGCCACAGGACGGAAAUAAACCUGCCGGUUUUACCCUGAAAGGAAGCAUCUCUCGUAUUGAAGCCAUUAAGGAGGACUUGCAACAUAUUUUUACUCCUCCAAAUACCACCCCAUCUUCCGAAGAAAUCAAAGUGGUAUCUGAUCAAUCAGCCCAGGAUACUGUUUCUGGAGGUGAGUGUCUAACAAGAAAAGAUGGAGAUGAUUCCAAAGUUGGUGAAAAGUUGGAUUCCCUGCCAAAGGUUUCUGAAGCAGAUUCAGAGCCUCCGUCAGCUCUCCUAAAUUCUGUGAAGGAUAGCUCUGAAGUUGCCGAGUCCAAUGAUUCGUCAAUACCCGUGUCAAGUUCCGUGGAAGGAUCAGUAGAUGUGGAUAUGGCUGAUACCGAACCGAAGAGAAGUGCUGGAGUGAUUGUUUUGGAUGAUUGACUGUGAGAGGGUACUCUCAUCGUAUUACCAAUUGAAAUAAACCAUUAACAGGGUAUAGAACAGUCUGAGUACAGUGUAUUAUUAGAACUUUAUAAACCGCUGUUAUAGAAUAUAAGUGCAUAUAUACAGUAUGUGUAAUCCUGAGAAAGAUGGUAUCAUUCAGGGGUUUGUUUCUUGGUCUACUCUUUGACGUUCGAUUUUCCUAUAGGAUAAGUGUUCUCGUGUCUUUACAUUUAGAUUAUCUAACAAAUUGUUUGUAGACAGAGAAGUUGCUUUCCUAAAAUGGGUUUUGUAAAGUAAACCUUGUUCAUUGUUCUGUAUGUUUGGACUAGGAUAUGUACGGGAUUUGGUUCGGAAUGUUUGCUACACUUGUUCGAUUAGUUAUAUUAUUGUAGAUCAUACUCCUUAGAAGUUCAAUGUGGAAUAAGACAUUGUUUUUGUGACGA